CCGCUUUGUCUCACACCAUGUGUGCGGCUCGUAUGGCGGCGGCUGCCCAGUCUGUGUACUCCUUCUCAGCGCACCCGCUGGCCGGCGGGGAGCCCGUGAACCUGGGCUCCCUGCGGGGCAAGGUGCUGCUCAUUGAGAAUGUGGCGUCGCUCUGAGGCACUACGGUCCGGGACUACACCCAGAUGAACGAGCUGCAAGAGCGCCUCGGGCCCCGGGGCCUGGUCGUGCUCGGCUUCCCGUGCAACCAGUUUGGGCAUCAGGAGAACGCCAAGAAUGAGGAGAUUCUGAAUUCCCUCAAGUAUGUCCGGCCUGGAGGCGGGUUCGAGCCCAACUUCAUGCUCUUCCAGAAGUGCGAGGUGAACGGCGCCAAGGCGCACCCGCUCUUCGCCUUCCUGCGGGAGGCCCUGCCGGCGCCCAGCGACGACCCCACUGCGCUCAUGACCGACCCCAAGUUCAUCACCUGGUCCCCGGUGUGCCGUAACGACGUUUCCUGGAACUUCGAGAAGUUCCUGGUGGGCCCCGAUGGCGUCCCGGUGCGCAGGUACAGCCGCCGCUUCCCCACCAUCGACAUCGAGCCCGACAUCCAAGCCCUGCUGUCCAAGGGGUCUGGCGGUGCCUAGGGCGCCCCCUACCCUGGCUGCUUGCCAGUGGCCUGCUGCUCUCUGGGGGUUUCAUCCAUGAGGGCGUUCCCCCGAAAACAAAUGGAGGAACGCCUGAUGUCCGGGAAACCCCCAGGUGGGCGCUGGUCCUGUCCAUCCC